CAAAGAGUCGCCUCCGUAGUCGCCGUCGCAAAUCGGAAAACUUCCAAAACCCUUCGCCGGCGCUCCCUCUCUGAAUCUCACCACCGCAUAUCCUCUGCAUAAAGGCGGUCUGCUGAAUGGCUGGUGCUGGAGAAAUUGCUGCGGCGAAGUUCUUGCAAGAUGGGCGUAGGCAAAAUUUGUUUCUGCAGAGUUAUUCCCACUGUAAACGGCAUGGAUUAUUGGGGAUGCUGCCAAGUUCGACUAUGAGAUCAGUUAAUUCUAACAGAGGAUUUGUUCCGCUGAGAUUUAGGGCAUCAAGCAAAGCCAGGGCUGUGGAUUGUAAGGUGGUGGCAAGUCCAGUAGAUGAGGCUUCAAGCUUGGUUGAGAAACCCAAUACAGAGGUUAUUCAUUUUUUCCGUGUUCCUUUGAUUCAGGAAAGUGCCACUUCUGAACUUCUCAAGUCCGUCCAAGUGAAGAUUUCAAAUCAGAUUAUUGGUUUGCAAACUGAGCAGUGUUACAACAUUGGGAUUCAGUCCGAGAUUUCAAAUGAAAAGCUAUCUGUGCUUAGAUGGCUUCUUCAGGAAACUUAUGAGCCUGAGAAUUUAGGGACGGAGAGCUUUCUUGAGAAGAAGCAGCGGCAAGGACUGGAAUCUGUUAUAAUUGAGGUUGGACCCCGUUUGUCUUUCACUACAGCCUGGUCCUCAAAUGCUGUGUCAAUCUGCAAAGCAUGUGGACUAAAAGAGGUGACGCGUAUGGAACGUUCGAGGAGGUAUUUGUUGUACACUAAAGGUGCGUUGCAAGAACAUCAGAUUAAUGGGUUUGCUGCAAUGGUUCAUGAGAUGACAGAAUGCGUUUAUAUUCAGAGGCUUACAUCUAUUGAGACUAGUGUGAAGCCUGAGGAGAUUCGAUUUGUCCCCGUUUUAGAACAAGGUCGGAAGGCACUGGAGGAGAUUAAUCAAGAGAUGGGAUUAGCCUUUGAUGAACAAGAUCUUCUCUACUACACCAAGCUUUUCAGGGAGGAAAUCAAGCGAAAUCCAACAACGGUGGAACUGUUUGAUAUUGCUCAAUCCAACAGUGAGCACAGUAGGCAUUGGUUUUUUAAUGGAAAACUUGUUAUAGAUGGAAAGCCUAUGAGUAGAACGCUUAUGCAGAUUGUCAAGAGCACCUUGAAGGCAAAUCCUAACAAUUCUGUGAUCGGAUUUAAGGAUAAUUCAAGUGCAAUUCGAGGAUACUUGGUUAAUCAGUUGCGACCCGUUUGUCCUGGUUCAACAAGUCCGUUAGAAGAAAGUAGAUGUGAUCUUGAUAUUUUAUUUACAGCUGAGACCCAUGCAACUGGGAAGGGGUCUUUGGUUGGUGCAGGUACAGCUGGUUAUUGUGUUGGAAAUCUCAAUAUAGAAGGGUCCUAUGCUCCAUGGGAAGAUUCAUCAUUCACCUACCCACCCAACUUGGCUUCGCCUUUGAAGAUCUUGAUUGAUGCGAGUAAUGGUGCAUCGGACUAUGGUAAUAAAUUUGGGGAGCCAUUGAUUCAAGGCUUUGCUAGAACAUUUGGGAUGAGACUACCUAAUGGCGAAAGACGAGAGUGGUUGAAGCCGAUCAUGUUCAGUGGAGGCUUUGGGCAAACUGAUCAUACCCACAUCUCAAAGGAAGAGCCUGCCAUUGGAAUGUUGGUUGUAAAAAUUGGAGGCCCUGCUUAUCGCAUUGGUAUGGGAGGUGGAGCUGCAUCAAGCAUGGUUAGUGGUCAGAAUGAUGCGGAGCUUGAUUUUAAUGCUGUGCAACGUGGGGAUGCUGAGAUGGCACAAAAACUUUACCGUGUUGUUCGUGCUUGUGUUGAAAUGGGGGAAAAUAACCCAAUUAUUAGCAUUCAUGAUCAGGGAGCGGGGGGGAAUUGUAAUGUUGUCAAGGAAAUUAUAGAUCCAAAAGGAGCAGAAAUUGAUAUAAGGGCAGUUGUUGUUGGUGAUCACACUAUGUCUGUCUUAGAGAUUUGGGGUGCAGAAUAUCAGGAACAAGAUGCCAUCUUAGUUAAGCCUGAAUGUCGUAGUGUAUUACAAUUAGUGUGUGAUAGAGAAAGGUUACCAAUGGCUGUAAUUGGUGUAAUAAGUGAUCAUGGUCGUUGCGUUUUAGUUGAUAGUAUUGCAAUCCAAAAAUGCAUUGCUAGUGGACUUCCUCCCCCUCCUCCUGCUGUGGAUCUCGAGCUUAAGAAAAUACUUGGGGACAUGCCUAAAAAAACCUUUGAAUUCCAACGAGAUGUUCAUGUUCUGGAGCCACUUGAUAUUGCUCCUGGAACUACAGUAUUAGAUUCUCUUAAAAGAGUGUUGAGACUUUUGUCGGUAGGUUCGAAACGAUGCUUCACAACAAAAUCAGAUAGAUGUGUAACAGGUCUUGUAGCACAACAACAACCUGUAGGGCCAUUGCAAAUUCCUCUUGCUGAUGUUGCAGUCAAGGCACCGUCUUAUUCUAAUUUGACUGGAAGUGCGACUGGAGUUGGGGAGCAGCCCAUAAAAGGCCUACUUGAUCCCAAAGCAAUGGCUAGAUUGGCACUUGGAGAAGCACUCACUAAUAUUAUUUGGGCUAAAAUUUCCUGUCUUUCUGAUAUUAAAGCUAGUGGAAAUUGGAUGUAUGCUGCCAAGCUUGAUGGGGAAGGGGCAGCCACGUAUGAUGCAGCCGUGGCUCUUUCGGAGACUAUGAUCGAACUUGGCGUAGCUAUUGAUGGAGGUAAAGACAGUUUGUCAAUGGCGGCCCAAGCUGGCGGAGAGGCGGUUAAGGCUCCUGGAAAUCUUGUUAUUAGUGCUUAUGUUCCUUGUCCUGAUAUAACGAAAACAGUUACUCCUGAUUUGAAGCUAGGGGAUGAUGGAAUUAUCCUUCACAUUGAUCUGGGAAAGGGAGAGCGACGAUUAGGUGGAUCUGCUUUUGCUCAGGCUUUUGACCAAGUUGGAGAUGUGUGUCCUGAUUUCGAUGAUGUUCCUUACUUCAAAAGAGUUUUUGAGUGCAUUCAGGAACUCCUUGCUAGAGAGUUGAUCUCUGCUGGUCAUGAUAUUAGUGAUGGUGGCUUGGUGGUUUCUAUCUUGGAGAUGGCAUUUGCUGGAAAUUGUGGCAUCAUCUUGGAUUUGACAUCACGUGGAAAGAGUGUGUCCCAAAUACUUUAUGCAGAAGAGCUUGGACUUGUACUUGAGGUAAGCAAGGAUAACUUAGACAUUGUAAUGAAAGUGUUAACCACUGCUGGUGUAACUGCUGAUAUCAUUGGACAAGCAACUGCUACUCCUAUUAUAGAAGUCAAGGUUGAUGGUGUGACUCGUUUGAAAGAGGAAACUUCUCUGCUCAGAGAUAUGUGGGAGAAAACUAGUUUUGAGCUUGAAAAAAAACAGUGUUUGCCUUCUUGUGUGGAAUCAGAAAAAGAUGGAUUGAAAACUAGGCAUGAGCCUUUGUGGGAAUUGUCUUUUGUUCCUUCCUCUACAGAUGAGAAAUAUUUAUCUUCAACAUUUAAGCCUAAAGUAGCUAUAAUUCGAGAGGAAGGGAGCAAUGGAGAUAGGGAAAUGUCUGCUGCAUUUCAUGCUGCUGGUUUUGAACCGUGGGAUGUGGCGAUGUCCGAUAUCUCGGAGCGAAAAAUCACAUUAGGGCAAUUCCGUGGAAUAGUAUUUGUUGGAGGUUUCAGCUAUGCAGAUGUUUUUGGUUCAGCCAAAGGUUGGGCUGCUUCAAUCCGAUUCGAUCAAUCCGUGCUGAAUCAAUUUCAAGAGUUUUAUCAACGGCCAGAUACAUUCAGUCUUGGAGUUUGCAAUGGGUGUCAACUCAUGGCUCUCUUAUGGUGGGUGCCAGGCCCCCAAGUUGGUGGUGUGCUCGAUGUUGGUGGGGAUGCUUCACAACCAAGGUUCAUUCACAAUGAAUCAGGACGGUUUGAGUGUCGUUUCACAAGUGUGACCAUAAAGGAUUCACCGGCUAUAAUGUUUAGGGGAAUGGAAGGCAGUACAUUGGGUGUGUGGUCUGCCCAUGGUGAGGGAAGAGCAUAUUUCCCCGACGAUGGAGUUCUCGAUCGAAUUCUCAUUUCUAACUUGGCCCCAGUAAGAUACUGUGAUGAUGAUGGUAAUCCAACAGAAGUUUACCCUUUCAAUAUGAACGGGUCUCCCUUGGGAAUUGCUGCAAUUUGUUCUCCAGAUGGUAGGCACCUUGCUAUGAUGCCUCAUCCGGAACGUUGCUUCUUGAUGUGGCAGUUUCCUUGGCAUCCCAAGCAGUGGAACGUGCGCAAAGAAGGUCCAAGCCCGUGGCUGCGGAUGUUUCAAAAUGCUCGAGAGUGGUGCUCCAGAGAAGCUUAAUAAUCCAUUGAAAGUACCUGCUAUAAUUGAUUUUGGAACUUAUGUAUUGUUCUAGUUUUCUUAAUUAUACUAGGAUGCUUGACAUUUACUACCAUCGCAUUUUAAAUUUAGAGUUAUUAUUUUUCUGAUUUUAGGCAAUGCCAUCAAUUGA